AUGUUCGAACCUGAUUUGCUGUGCUGUUUGAGGGUUAGUGUCCACUCCAUAUUGCGCUACAACAACGUUGCAGCUCUGAUCCCCUCAGUGACGUGGAUCAACUCAAAAUCCUUCCUGCCUGCUUCUCCUUACCGAAGGUUUUUACCGCGGGCCCAAUUUUGUGGCUCUUCACAUCAUGGCAACUUGGGCAUACCCCCCACUCCCCCCGAUCAAUUGAACCGGGAGGCUGAUAGUGCUCUGGCUCGUGAGCUAGAGUGGCUCCUGCAAUCGCUACAAGAAUCCCUUGUCUCUCUAAAGGAAGGACUUCAAGACUGCGCAUCUCUGUUGGCACCACAGGAUCCGGGAUCGACUUUGGUUCUGUCGUCGCUACGAUCGGAAAAUGUCAAGGGCUUCGUGACUCGUGUUGGCACGAAGGUAGUCAAAGGAGAUAUUCAGCUUCGGCUUCCCUCGUUGCCUGUCCCACGUGGUCAGUCCAGCGCACGAUUGACCCUGUCGCAAACACCCGAUGCCCCUGGUUUAGUUCUGCAGCAACUCGUGUCAGUGCGAAACCUAGUCAACCAGAGUUUGGAUAUUGUCGAUGUGAGCACAUACACGGGGAACCCCCUCGAUGCGACAUUUAUUUUUAGCCAGCUGCAUCUCCUGCAUGAGACAAUCAGCGAGGCACGACAGAUGCUGAAGGGGGAGGGGGACGUGCGUGGUAAAUGGUGGGAAACAAGCGCCAGCGACAAUGUAUUUGAUCCAUUUCCGCCACCUUAUGUAUCAUUCCACCUCUCAAUCGCCGAUUCGGCCCUUGUUCUUCUUCUCCGAACCCUAGAAAGCAACGCAUACGCUCAAACUCCGACAGCGUUUGCGACAGAUAUCUCUCUCACUGGGUUUUCCUUGCGUGACCGGAUAUUUGGGAGCCGGCAACGCGCGCAUGAUGAGGCCGGCGAGGUAUUCAUGUGGCAGGGAGAGGAAGUGCGGGUUAAAGAGAAAAUCCGAGUGGAAAGCCAGGAUCCUAGCUUGAUGGCAGUCAUGGCUAAACUGACCGCCUUGGAACACGAAGUGAUGCGUUGGGUGGGCGCUCUGCGAGUGCUUAUGGGCAAUGAAGAUACCGAGAGUGAGACAUAG